CAGCAACUGCUUAAUUUGUUAAAUUUUGAAUAAGUCAGAAUUUGCAUGAGAAUAUUUCUUAGAACCGGAACUUCAUAACUCAAAAUGGAACAUUUACCAGAAAUUGUUCAAAAAGCAAUAAGAAAUAUACUAGAUUCAAACUUUGGCAUUCAUGACUACACUAUAAAUAUCAUGCCAGCUUCAGAAACUGGUGACAAUUUUAUGGGUUCCCUUAAAAAAAUCGUAGUGGAUGGGAAAGUAAAUAAUGUUGAUACGAAUUUAAAUUUAGUUUGCAAGCUAAUGCCGAGUGAUGCAAACUUUCGUAAAAAUGUUAAUGUAUAUGAACCCUUCAAGAGAGAAGUAUUCAUGUACAACGUUCUUGAUGACUUCAAAGUAUUUCAAACUGAUAAAGGAAUACAAAAUAACCGAUUUGAAUCAUAUGCUCUACGAUAUGCUGCAAGUUCAAAGGAAUUUCAAGAAUAUUUGAUUCUUGAAGAUUUAUGUAUUAAUUCUUUCAGAAUGUUCGACAAAAAUUCGAAGUUGGACAAUGUUCAUAUGCGUUUAGUACUAAAAGCAUUAGCAGAAUUUCAUGCGUUGAGUUUUGCAAUGCGAGAUCAAAAGCCCGAAGAAUUUAAUAAAUAUACCCAUAUUAAAGAAAUGUUCACUCAAACUCUUGGAGAAAAGAAGUAUUACGAUCUUUGCGAUAUAGGAUUAUCAAAUGCUUUGAAAGUAAUUGAAAAUUAUGAUGAUAAUUUGGUACCAAAAUUGAACAGAUUGAGACAAAAUUGUUAUGAAAUUAUGAAUGAUUGUUUUUAUGCCAAAAGCUCGCAAAAGUAUAGAGUACUGACGCACGGCGAUUGUUGGAUUAAUAAUGUGAUGUUCAAGUACAAGGAUCAGAUCCCAGUUGAAGUAUGCAUACUCGAUUGGCAAUUUUCUCGUUAUUCUUCACCAGUAACAGAUCUCUCGUUCUUCUUUUAUACUAGUGCUGAACAAGAACUACUUUUUCAACAUUUUGACAGUCUUAUCGAAGAAUAUAUAAAACAUUUGCAUAAUACAAUUAAAUUACUAGGAAGUGAUCCAAAUGAGAUUUAUCCCCGGAAGCAAUUUCAAAAAGAUCUCGAAAGAUAUUUUAAAUAUGGUCUCAUAAGUUGUUGCCAUGUUUUUAAAUUUGUUCUCUCUAAACCGGACGAAGCACCAGAUAUGCAAAAAUUGGCCUUGUCGAAUAGCAGAGAGUCAUUAGAAGAGCAAUUCCAAUUUAUUCAUCCUAGUACUAAAAAUGAUUAUGCUAGAAGAAUCAGGAAUAUUGUGAAGCAUGCAUCUGAUAGAAAUUUUAUAUAAAUAUGUUUAGUUAUUUUGUUAAUAGAGAAGUUAUGAAUCA